UCAGUGCAAAUGUCCCCAGACUGUCCCAGCUUCUCAAAUAUGAUGGAGAGUGGCUUAACCACUUCAUCCGCCAGUUCCCUCAGGACCCAAUCCUUACACUGGGACUUGGAUUUCUUAUUAUCCCUUUUCUUCCUGCAAGUAAUCUCUUCUUCCGAGUAGGAUUUGUUAUUGCAGAGAGAGUCAUCUACCUCCCCAGUAUUGGAUAUUGUAUCCUGUUUACAUAUGGAUUUAGUCUCUUGAGUAAGCAAGCCAAGAAAAAGAAAAUUCUCACUGUGGCAGUACUUGGAAUCUUGUUGAUAAAUGUUAUGCGCUGUGCACUCCGGAGCAGUCAGUGGAGGUCAGAAGAACAGCUUUUUAGGAGUGCGCUGUCUGUAUGCCCUCUGAAUGCAAAAGUGCACUACAAUGUUGGCAAAAACCUGGCUGACAAAGGAAAUCAAAGUGCUGCAAUCAAAUACUACAGAGAAGCUGUAAGGUUGAAUCCUAAAUAUGUUCAUGCCAUGAACAACCUUGGAAAUAUUCUGAAAGAAAGAAAUGAGCUCCAAGAAGCAGAGGAAUUGCUGUCCUUAGCUGUACAAAUACAACCUGAUUUUGCUGCUGCAUGGAUGAAUCUAGGAAUAGUACAGAACAGUUUAAGAAGGUUUGAAGAGGCAGAGCAAAGCUACUGGACAGCAAUUAAACACAGGAAAAAAUAUCCAGAUUGUUACUACAAUUUAGGGCGGUUGUACGCAGAUUUGAAUCGCCAUAUAGAUGCAUUGAAUGCAUGGAGGAAUGCUACAGUUCUGAAACCAGAGCAUAGUUUGGCUUGGAACAAUAUGAUUAUAUUGCUUGAUAACACAGGCAAUCUAGCUCAAGCAGAAGCAGUUGGAAGAGAGGCCCUGGAAUUAAUACCUAAUGAUCAUUCCCUUAUGUUUUCGUUGGCAAAUGUACUGGGGAAAUCACAAAAAUAUAAGGAAUCUGAAGCUUUGUUCCUGAAGGCAAUUAAAGCCAAUCCAAAUGCUGCCAGUUAUCAUGGUAAUUUGGCUGUGCUUUAUCAUCGCUGGGGAAAUCUUGACCUAGCAAAGAAGCACUACGAAGUCUCUCUGAAGCUUGAUCCUAUGGCACCUGGGACCAAGGAAAACUACAACCUCUUAAGAAGAAAACUGGAGCAAUUGCAAAAGAAAGGCGGUGCCUGA